UAAAAGCGUCACAGCAACGACGUUUCUUAGCUCUUGUUAAUAAUACUGUUAAACUUGGUUUUCAGUCACGACACUGCGAGAAACAAGUCACCCAGGAAACAACAAAACGUAGCGCGUUGCAAAUUUUUAAGAUAAAUAUAGAACGACCUUCGGUGAUGGCAGGUCUGGUUCUCUGUGAACCUACGGAUCUGUACAACAUCCUGAAUCAGUAUACUACUCGAGUCUCCAAACUGUCCGAAUCCAAUUACCUCUGCCUCAUUGACGCACGCACAAAAGCCGAGUACGACGAGAGUCACGUCUUCACCGCCAAACGAGCGAAACGGGACGAGAACGGAGAAUUUGUGAUUCCUGCCUGUGUAGAGGUGGAGUGCGUGAAGUACUGCAUCGUAUAUGAUGGCAACACAAGUUCCGUACAUGGUUGUGGCCCGGCCGUCGAGUGCGCUGAAGUCCUAGCGCUGUCCACUCGGUAUCCAGUUCAGAUCCUGAAAGGCGGCUACGAAGACUUUUCUGCCUCCUACCCUUUUCUUAGGACGCAGAAGAUCCUGUACACUCCCCAGGAAUUAGAAAACCUGACGCUGUAUCCCGUAGAGAUCCUGCCUGGUCAGCUGUACAUGGCGAACCUGAGGCAGGCCUCUGAUCAUCAGAUUCACAAAGACCUCAAAUUAAAGGCCCUGGUGAAUGCUUCACAAGACAGCAGCCACGUGUGAGUGAGUCUGCACAAUUCUGCCUUAUACACUUGAUUGAAUACAAGGUAUACAUGAAUUUAAAGACUUCUGCAUAGCAUGCUGUAGAUUACCAUACAGACAAGGUAGGAUACCCAGAAAAAGUAAG